AUGAAUAAUAUAAAAGAUGCUAUUCAAUGUUUCAAUAUGAAUUCUUUAAAACCAACACUUAUAGAAGUUCGACAAUUAGAUGGAUCAAUUAUUAAAAUGAAUAAAUAUGGAUCAGAAAUUGAAAAAAAUGAUAAAUCUAAUCAAUUAGAAUCUAAUUUUUCUUCUUAUGGUUUUAUUCCAAAUUUUAAUCUGGAUUUACAAAUAGGAAAAAUAGAACUUCCAGAAUUUACAAUAUUAUUUGGUUCUGUUGAUGUAGCUCAAAAUUUAAAUUUAUUAAACAAUAAUAAUGUUACACAUAUCAUUAAUCUUAUUUCAAAUAUAAUACCAAAUUAUUUUCCUGAAUGUUUUCAUUAUUUAUCACUUAUUGUUUAUGAUAAUUUAACAUUUCAAUUAAAUGAUAUUUUGAAUGAUUGUUUUAAUUUUUUAAAUAUUGUAAAACAAACUAAGGGUUGUUGUUUUAUACAUUGUGAAGCUGGUAUUUCACGUUCACCAUCUAUUAUAAUUGCUUAUUUAAUGAAAUUUUAUAAUUAUUCAUAUGAUAAUGCUUAUAAUUUAGUAAAUAAUUCUAGAAAUAUUUGUAUUAAUGUAAAUUUUAAAUCACAAUUAAUGAGAUUAAAUUGAAUAAGUAAUAUAUUUCGGUUUAUUUUGUGUUCUUUUUUUCCGGAAUGAAUUUCAUUUCUUACUUUUCUUCAUUAUUAUUAAAUUUACAAUUGAGAAAAGUUAUGAACGACCCGUAAGUGACUUAGAAUAUGUCUAUCAACUUAUGGGGUCCUUCAUUUUGAUGUCAAUUAGAUCGGAUGAUGUUAUCGAUGAGAUCACCAUUUUUGUAGCCCUA